GAGGCGGCGGCGGCGUGAGGCACCCAUGGCGGGAGGAAUCAAAGUGGCGGUCUGGUCGGCCGUUGGUCCCGGGCCCUGGUGCUGCGGGGCCGGGGGCGGUGGGGUCGCCUGGCUGCUCUUAGUCCUCUUCGGCUGCGUGGUCUGCGGCUCAGCUGGAAUUGAUGUAAAUGUGGUCAUGCUUCAGGAGUCCCAAGUUGAUAUGAAUUCCAACCAACAAUUCUGUUAUAAAAAUGUGCUUAUCCCAAAGUGGUAUGAUAUAUGGACACGGAUACAGGUCCGGGUAAAUAGUUCCAAAUUGGUCCGAGUCACCCAGGUGGACAAUGAGGAGAAGCUGAAGGAGCUAGAGCAGUUUAGUAUCUGGAACUUUUUUUCUUCCUUUUUAAAAGAGAAAUUGAAUGACACCUAUGUUAACGUGGGUCUAUACAGCACAAAAACCUGCCUCAAAGUUGAGAUUAUAGAGAAGGACACCAAAUACAGUGUCAUUGUGACCCGGAGAUUUGACCCCAAACUCUUCCUUAUUUUCCUCCUUGGACUUACGCUAUUUUUUUGUGGAGACUUGUUGAGCAGGAGUCAGCUUUUCUACUAUUCCACUGGAGUGAGUGUGGGAAUUGUGGCCUCUCUGCUAAUCAUCAUUUUUAUGCUCUCCAAGUUUAUGCCCAAGAGAAGUCCCAUUUACGUCAUCCUGGUAGGAGGCUGGUCCUUUUCUCUGUACCUCAUUCAGCUAGUUUUUAAGAAUUUACAGGAGAUAUGGAGAUGUUAUUGGCAUUAUCUUCUAAGCUACGUCCUCACAGUUGGAUUCAUGAGUUUUGCAGUGUGCUACAAGUACGGGCCCUUGGAGAAUGAGAGGAGCAUCAACCUGCUGACUUGGACACUGCAGCUGCUGGGCCUGGGCUUCAUGUACUCCAGCAUCCAGAUGCCACACAUUGCUUUUGCGCUGGUCAUCAUUGCACUGUGUACCAAGAACCUGGAGUAUCCCAUUCACUGGCUGUACACCACCUACAGAAAGAUGUGUAAAGCAACAGAAAAGCCUGUCCCCCCUCGCCUCCUGACAGAAGAAGAGUAUCGGAUACAAGGAGAGGUGGAGACCCAAAAAGCUUUACAGGAGCUCCGAGAGUUUUGUAAUAGUCCAGAGUGCUCUGCCUGGAAGACUAUAUCUCGGAUUCAGUCUCCAAAAAGAUUCGCUGACUUUGUGGAAGGUUCUUUUCACCUCACGCCAAAUGAAGUCUCUGUUCACGAGCAGGAGUAUGGAUUAGGGAGCAUUAUUGCCCAGGAUGAGGAGCUGUCCUCAGAGGAGGAAGGCUCAGAGUACCCUGCUGUGGUCACCCAGAACAGCUUCCUGACUUAGUUGGGAAUCGGUUAUUUUCAUGUAGACUGGUGUGCGAGGGUGCAGAAGCUCGCCUGCUGAAAGCCGAGGACUGGGGGUGUCACCCUGGCAGUGCUUUGGUGGUCUCCAAGGGAUCCCUGAGGAAAGAGUGGAGGAAGGAGUGAGUGCCGUGGUCACUUGAUUCUGACAGUUGAGCUAUUGGUCCACUUUGCUAUUCUUGAAGAAACUGGUUGGCCACAGCCAGCAUGAUAGUCUAGCUCCUGUUUGAAAGUUCACUGAGUGAUGGUGAUUCCAUCACUGUGACAAACCCUCAGAAAUUAAGUGCAGUAAUGCAUUCAGAUCAUAGACUGCAUCUCCUAAAGAGAAAUCUACAAAUUUGAGCCAUUUUUACUUGUCUGCUUCUUAAGUGACAAGUGCUGGGAUCUUAAGCCUUGACUUAAGGAAAAAUAGAUGGUUGCCUAUCUUGUUUUUUAAACAAAUUAUUUUUUUAAAUGCAGCAAAUUCAUGUUUUAGAACCAAUAAGUGCUCCAGAGUGACAAACUCUGCUGACCCCCGGAUAUUUAUUGGUACAGAUCUCCAUGAAAACCCCUGGAGCUGUUGUGUUGAGCCUUGGAUUCUCAUGAAUCUGCUAUUCUGGGUUUUACUUAACAUUUAGAACGACGUCUGCCAGCCUUCUGUGGUGCUGCUCCCCUGAGCUCGUGGUUUAACAUCUGCGUUUUCUCACCACGGCUCCUGACCUGGCUCCUGACCUGUGCCGCGUGUGCGGGUUUUCUUCUUCUCUGCUCCCUCCCUCCCCUUCCUAACAUGGAGGUUCCUCCCCUUCUGACCAUUUUGUUUUGAGUUUUUUCUCUCAGGGCCAGGGUCUUGCCUUGUAACUCAGGCUGGUCUGAAGCUGUCAGUCCUUUGAUCAAAGCCUCUCAGUGCUGGGAUCUUAAGCCUAUGCUGCCAUGCCAAGCUUCUUUUUUUUCUUUUUUUGAGACAGGGUUUCUCUGUGUAGCCCUGGCUGUCCUGGAACUCACUCUGUAGACCAGGCUGGCCUUGAACUCAGAGAGAUCCUCCUGCCUUUGCCUCCCGAGUGCUGGGAUCGAAAGUGUGUGCCACCACACCUGGCAUGCCAACCUUCUUGCCUUAUUUUUUUAAUAUAUAUAUCCUUUAUAUAUCCCUUUAUCUUGGUUCCUACAUUAUAACUAGGGAGAGAAGUCUUGUUUACCUCUUUUUCUCCAUCAGAUUUCAUAUGACUUACUACACAAUCAAGAAACUAUCCCAGGGCUGGGGAUGUAGCUCAGUGGUAGAGCGCUUACUGGCUCGGGAUGCAAGGCCCUGGUUGGAUCUUUAGCACCACAACAAAACAAAACCAACCCUACCUCCUUGUCCCUGUCUCCUCUCAUAUACCCAUUCUGUUCAUUCCGCCUUCUCACUGCCUGCAUGUUCCCAGACUGGUAAUUUGUAAGUCCUGAAACCACCUGUUAAGUUCUUAAUAUGCAGUUUGGGUUAUGUAGCUGCCGGACGGACUUUGCAUGUCGGAUCAUAGACCUUAAGGCGAUCUUCCUGCCUCUGACGCUCAUUCAGCUGCCAGCACCAGACACGUUCUCCCUGAAUUGACAGUCCUUAUUUACAGUUGAGAAUCCCUUGCCGUUGCAGACACCCUUAAAAGCUAACGGUGUCGUUUAUGAGGGAGCAGACUCCCAAGGCUCUGCCGUUUGCUUGGCUCUUUCAUUGUGAUCUCCACCGUCACAUUAGAAGAAGCGUGUGACUUACUUCUGUGAUUCCUUCAGCCAGGAAGGGGGGUGCUGACUCAGGUAUACAGCAUCAGACUCAUUGUCUCAGGAUCAUCGAGAAGGAAGAUGGUGUUUUCAAGAAUAUCUUAGGGUUUCUUCAGACCUGCUAGUUUUGAAAGACCCUGGGCUCUACUGCUAGCAUCCAAAAUGCCGGCUGAGUCGCAUCUCCAGGUGGCAGUGGGUUAUUUCAACCAUUGUUCCCCAUAGCCUUAAAUUGUCCUAAAGUGACAACUACCUCAACUGGUAGAAAGUGAAGCAGGAGAGACGGGACGUGAGCAGUAUCUGAGCAGGUGCUGUGGGUUAAAGCUGCAGAGUACAAGAUGUCUUUGUGAAUUAGGAAUAUGGUAAAAAUCUGUCCCUUUUCAAAGAACCAUCACAGCUUCUGAAAAGGUGGGGAUGAAGCUCAGAGGAAGUACAUGCUUGUCUAGCAGGCACAAGGCUGGGGUUCAGUUCCUGGCAUCACAAAAACAAGACCCAUUGCUAACAACAAAAGCCUCUAAAACACACUAUUUGGAACCUCCUUUAUAGAAGUUGAUACCCAGUAUAUUUUAGUGUAAAAGCCAGUUCAACUGUACAAGUGGCGUUAGGUCCUGGAAGCCCUUGGUGCCUUUCCCCACUUCACUCCCUGAGGACGGCAGCUUGCCAAAGGGGAGGGGACUUCUGACUUAGAUGUUUAUUUUAAUGAGAAAUCACUGUGAAUGACUUUGCUCUUCUGUGUGGUGAGCUCCCAGUGAAAUACGGAUUUCAUUUCAAGGCCAUUUGUCUCUUGAACUGUGUUUGAAUUUGGGGUGAGGAAACCCAGCUCACUUUCUUACCCUGAGUCUGGGAGUUGGAGAACUGAGUGGUGAGAGCUGCUGUCAGUGAAGGGUGUGCUGCUUUUGAGUGCUGUGUACCCUUGCCCUGCCCACCUGCCUGCGUGUCUGACGGAUCGCAGCAGGGGUGGAGGGAGGACGGGGGCGAGCUGGGCACUGGAGCCGUGGCUGUGCCCUGUCAGCCUCUGUGCUCAGCGGCUGUCAAGCCAUAAAUUGGUUCCAGGGCUCAGGGUCUCAUCAUUGGAAAUCUAUUGCUUCUAAUGGGUCUGACUCGAGUUUAUAGAACAUGGCUGCCACUAAUGAGAACGUAAGAGGCAGUUGGCAUAAGAAUUUAUAAUGUCCCUUUCCUCAUUAGAACAUGAUGACCAAAGCCAAAAAGAUUUAGCAACUUCGAUGACUUGAAAUAGGAGGAACUGGUUUCUCCCACCUGCCUUCUUGUUAGAGCAACAGUGGAGAUUUUGCUGGUGAUGGCUCUUGGGGUCCCACUGUUGUAUUUUAUCACAUCACAUCCUAUCCUAGGGCACAGCCCUCUAUUAAUCAAUUGUGUUCCCUUUAGCCUACCCCACUUGGCAUAGGUGAUGGAGGUUUGAUGAAUGAAAGGACCCAAAUAGGCCAGAGAAUCCCCCGAGGCCUUGAUACCCUUGAAGGGUUUGGGAAUGAGUUAUGUAAUUGCCCUCAAUCUUUUGUUCCAGAAAAAAAGGAUGAGCUGAGAUGGAUGUCUGUGUUAAAAUGGUCCCUAGCGGUGUCCUCGUAAGAGUUGAAGUAGGAGGGCAGAAGAUACACCCCUUCUAGUAUUCCUCUGGACUCAGGUCUAGUGUAUGAGACAGUCGUCUGCAUUUUAAUGGAGAAUUUUAUCUGAACACAGGAAGGACAGUGGGGCAGAUUUACUGAGCUCUCACAUUAGCGAGGCACUGAGAGCAAGGGAUAAAUACACAAGGUAGCAGUUGCACGGCACAGCUUUGCCUAAGCCUUCCAUGUAGCAGAAAUGAUUUCUUUUGGGGGAACUUAAACAACUGUGGUUACCCAGUGGUAUCGUAGUGGCUUAACUAUGGAUACUGUUGCUGUUGGAGUCAGGAUGGCUACUGCCUUGAAAAGGUGGUUUGGAAGUCUGGCAUGGUAGUGUAUACUUGAACUUGGAAAGGUGAGUGAGAGGAUCACUUGAGUCUGGACAUUUUAAAUUAGUAGGGGCAGCAAAGGAGAUCCCCAUCUUAAAAUAGAGAGUGUUUGGUGCCUUACAUGGCAGGACGUAGAACCCUGUGAAUAAGCAAAGCAUACAAACACCAGUGUUAGCCCUGUACCUCAGCAGGGUCAGGUGUGGUCACAGACUCACACGUGAGGCUUUGGACCCAUACACAUCCCACAUGCGUCGUCAUCCUUUGACACACUUUGUUAUUUAGACAGGGUGCCAGUCUGUAGCCUGGAACUCACUCAAUAUAUUGCCCAGGCUUGCCUAGAACUCACGGCAGCCCUGCCUUGGUCUGGAUUGCUGGGAUUAUAGGCAUGAGCCACCAUGUCCAGCGUCCUCUUUCAUAUUCUUGACAAUAACUUGAAAAUGGUGAAACCAGUUGGCUUUGAACUUCUGGGAAGCAUGAGCAUCACUGUGUGGCAGAUUGCCGCCAAUGUGGACCUCAAAGCCUGUUAAACCCACAGUGGCCACAGUUUCAUGUCUAUGGAAUUGAUGCUGAAAUAACAAGGCCAAGGAACUACUAGGUAAGUUAGCCUGUGGGUAAUGCCUUAGUGUUAUUUAGAUAAAAUAUUUGUCACUUAUACUUCAUAAAUGUUAAAGAAUGUUCAGGAAGAACAAAAUUAUCAGGGAUGGCUGUUUGCCAUGGCUCUUCACUUCCCCCUACCUUUCUGUAAGAAAAAGUGAUGCUGUGUAUUUUUUUAUUAUUAUUAUUAUUAUAUGGCUUGUAAAUUAUCCCAAUUUUAAUAAAGUUUUAUAUGCUGUAUAGUGGUCUUUUUUAAAUUAAAAUACUCAAUAUUUG